AUGGCUUUCGUCAAAUCUUUGCACAGAGGUGACCAAAAUCGAUGGGACUGGUCUCAAAAGAUUCGCCAGAACGAGAGGCGUUCAAUGAUGGUAUUCCGAGCAGGUUCAUGGCUGAUCAGCACAAAUAAUACAUCCAUUUCCUCCAAUAUUUACCAAAUACUUGAUUACAAACAAACAACUAAAGUAGCUGAGAGUCGAGUUUUUGCCAGUCUGGAUGUGGCGCAAGCGUGCGAUGAAGAUGAUUCCACAGCUGAAGCGCUCCAAGUGGUGAACAAGAUUGAGGAGUAUAUUGGUAGUAUUAAAAUGAUGCUGAGCACAAUAGACGAGGGACGAAUAAGUGUGUCGCCCUACGACACAGCUUGGAUUGCUCUUAUUAAAGACGUUGAUGGGCGUGGUACCCCUCAAUUUCCAUCCUGUCUUGAGUGGAUUGCACAACAUCAACUCCCAGAUGGUUCAUGGGGCGAUGAACGUUAUUUCUGCGCGUAUGAUAGGCUUGUAAAUACACUAGCGUGUGUGGUAGCGUUGAAAUCAUGGAAUGUUCAUGCCGAUCAGAGUCAAAAAGGAAUAUCAUACAUAAAGGAAAAUGUGCACAAACUUGAAAACGCGGAUGGUGAGCACAUGACUGCUGGAUUCGAACUUGUGUUUCCUGCCCUUCUUCAGAAAUCCAGGAACUUGGGCAUUCAUGAUCUUCCCUAUGAUGCUCCCGUCCUAAGAGACAUUUAUAGCGCAAGGGAUCGUAAAAUGAAAAGGAUACCGAAGGAGCUAAUGCACAAAGUGCUGACUCCUUUACUGUAUAGCUUGGAAGGAUUGGAGGAUUUGGAGUGGCAGAAACUCCUAAAACUUCAGUCGCCUGAUGGCUCAUUCCUUACUUCUCCAUCCUCCACUGCCUUCGCAUUCAUGCAGACUGGAGAUCCAAAUUGCUUGAAAUUUAUCAAAUACACUCUACAAAAAUGUAACGGAGGAGCACCGCAUACUUUUCCAGUCGACAUUUUCGCCAGACUUUGGGCUGUUGACAGACUGCAGCGCCUUGGAAUUUCUCGCUUCUUUGAGUCGGAGAUUAAGGAUUGCUUAAGUCAUAUUUAUAGAUAUUGGAGUGAGAAGGGAGUUUUCAGCGGACGAUAUUCAGAAUUUUGCGAUAUGGAUGACACGUCCAUGGGUUUCAGGCUUCUAAGGCUGCAUGGAUUCGAAGUCGACCCAAAUGUGCUUAGCAACUUCAAGAACGAUGACAAAUUUUCGUGCUUCGGUGGUCAAAUGAUUGAGUCUGCAUCUCCAAUAUAUAAUCUCUACAGGGCUUCUCAAGUCCGAUUUCCAGGAGAGAGAAUUCUUGAAGAAGCAAACACCUUUGCCUACAAAUUUUUACAAGACAAGUUAGACACCAAUCAAUUUCUGGAUAAAUGGAUCAUAUCCAAGCACUUGCCUGAUGAGAUAAGGAUCGGACUGACGAUGCCAUGGUAUGCCAGCCUACCACGCAUUGAAACCAGAUUCUACCUACAACAUUACGCUGGUGCUGACGACGUGUGGAUUGGCAAGACUUUGUACAGGAUGGAGGAAAUCAGUAACGAUGGGUACUUGGAGCUGGCGAGACUAGAUUUCAACAGAUGCCAAGCACAACAUCAGACUGAGUGGACUUCUAUGCAACAAUGGUAUGAAAAUUUCAACGUUAACGAAUUUGGGGUGAGCAGAAAAGACGUCCUUCUUGCUUACUUUUUGGGCAGUGCAAGCAUGUUUGAAGCCGACAGGUCAAAAGAGAGAAUGGCGUGGGCCAAGUCCCAAAUUAUUUCCAAGAUGAUUACAUCUUUUUUCAACGAAGAAACUACCUCGUCAGAGCAAAUGGCUGCGCUGUUAACAGAACUCGGAAAAGACAUCAAUGCCCCACAGACAAGAAAAUGUAGUAACAGAGAACAACGACUAAUCAACAUUCUGCUGGCAUCGCUCCACCAACUUUUGGAGGGAUUCGAUACAUACACAAGUCAACGACUUAAAAAUGCUUGGGGUGAAUGGAUUGUGAAAUUACAAGGAGAGGUCAAUUACGGACAUGACGCGGAGCUCCUAACAACCACAUUAAACAUUUGUGCUGGUUAUCCUGUCACCUAUAAGGACGACAUAUUGUCCCACUAUGAGUACAAGAAUCUCUCCAAUCUCACAAAUAAAAUUUGUCAGCACCUUUCUCAAAUUCAAAACAAAAAGGUGUUGGAAACCAACGGGUCAUGGAACACAAGAGGAUGUAGCAUAAAAAACAUGAAAAUCGAACAAGACAUGCAGACAUUACUGAAGUUAGUCGUGGAAGAAUCCGGUGGCCUCGACAGGAAUCUCAAGCAGACAUUUCUGUCGGUUGCGAAAACCUAUUACUACAGGGCCUAUACUGCUCCUGAAACUAUUGACAUGCAUACAUUCAAAGUACUCUUUGAUCCAGUUGUAUGAUAUUGUUCCAGUGAGCAAGCAAUUCGGGUGUGUUAUG